UGCGACAGGUGGUGAGUAUAUAAGUAUCCCGAGUAUUCAUAAGGGAUGGGACACUUUACAAUUGACACCACAAGUUUUACAAGUGACAAGUGCUUUCAAUAAAAAAAAAAAAAAAAUAAAUAAAAAAAAAAUUGUGUAGAUAAUUUAAAUAAUAAAAAAUAAUUUACUUUUGUCAAUAAUAAAUUAUUUAUAAUGCAAUUUGUUACGGGAAUUUGUGUUAUUUUUAUGAUAACGGGAAUUGUCGAUGGAAUUUUAUUUGAUAGUGUAAAAGAUUAUUUAAAUUAUAAUAAUAAUAGUAAUAAUAUUAAUAAUGAUGAUGAUGAUAGUAGUAAACAUAAAUUAGAUAAGACUAAUAAUAAUAAUAAUAAUAAUGAUAAUAGUAAAAUAUUAGGGAUUGUGAUAAAACCGACGACGAAAUUUUUAUUGGUAUCAAAAAAUAAAUUAAAAUCACAAAUAUGGAAAAAAUUAUUCCAACUUGAUGGUGAAUAUAAAGAAAAUUCAAUGGAGUCGCAUAAAAAAAUUUCUAAAAAAUCUUUAGUCUCAGUGGGUUUUCAUGAAGGGCCUAAUUAUCAUAUGGAAUUACAACCAUCUGGAGUUCCCAUAUCUAAAUGCGUGCAUUUUGUUAAAGUUCAUCCUAACAAGGAAAGAAGAAAUCGAAUUUUCAAUGCGUGGGGAGGAAAACGAAAUUCAAUUCCAUUUAAAAUAGAUCCUAAAAUACGUCGUCCUUCACGAAUGCCAUUCAACAGUUGGGGUGGAAAACGUCAAGUUGAUUAUUAUCAAGAUGAUAAUAGUGAAGAUUUAAAUAAAAAACGUAUUAAUGUUGCGGAUGCUGGAGUUAAAAAACCAUUUAACAGUUGGGGCGGAAAAAGAAGUUUUGGUCAUUAUUUUCAUUUGUAUUCAUCUGAUAAAACAAUAUAAAUUUAUGUAACUUGUUUUUCACUACAUUUAUUUUUACGUUAAAAUUUAAAAAAAGGAAAAAAAAAAUUUUUUUUAGUUUCUUUUUUUUAAAAUAUUUUUUUUUCGAAAAUUUUUUUUUUUGAAAAUCAAUUACUG